AUGCCGGUGCAAACCUCGUCAUUUGCUGAACCCUUUUCUGCGGCAAGCUUACGUAUCGCCAUCAUCGGCGGUGGAAUCGGCGGCCUGACGACGGCCUUGUCUCUCUCAACACACAAUCCUGAGCUGACGAAGGACAACAUCACUGUUUAUGAACAGGCUCCAGCCUACCGUGAGAUUGGUGCCGGUAUAGGCAUCGGCGUGAACGCGGCCCGGAUCCUGAAGAAACUUGGAGUGUACGAGCGGGCGAAUGCUAUUUCAGGUGAUCGCUGCGGCAUUCACCGUAGCCUGCGGCGAUUUGAUAACGGCGAAGAGAUCGUGAGCAUCGGCGCCAUGGACGAUGAUGGAUGCGAACAAGGAGGAGUGCGACAGUUGAGUGUACAUCGGGCGGAGUUUCUCAAGGUGCUGCACGAUGAGAUCUUGCGCAGGGGUUGUGCAGAGCUAGUGACUGAUAAAAAGGCUAUGAGGCUCACGGACAAUAACUCGAUGGUCACUAUCCAUUUUGCAGACGGUAGUGCGGAAACUGCGCAUCUCAUAAUUGCCUGUGAUGGCAUCCAUAGCGCCAUUCGCUCACAGUUCGUCGUCGACAAGCCUCGCUACUCUGGUCGCAUUGCGUACCGGGGCCUGCUCCCGCUCUCCAAGGUAGCCCACAACUGGCCGUACCCAUCGUACGCAGUGUCAUGGCUCGCUCCCAACAAGCAUUUUCUCGUGUUCCCCAUCUCGCAGAACCAGACUCUCAAUGUCGUUGCAUUUGUGACCAAGCCAGAGGGAGAGCUGGGGGAUCUUCAGGAGAGUUGGACCAGCUCUGCACCGCGUGAGGACUUGGAAAGGGAGUAUGCUGGAUGGGAUGAGACCGUACAGAGCGUGAUCCGAAGUAUGGAACCUCGGCCAGGUAAGUGGAAGUUGAACGACCGCGACUUGUUAUCGCAAUGGUGUUAUAUGAACGGAAAGGUCGUUCUGAGCGGGGAUGCAGCCCAUGCGAUGUUACCUCACCAAGGAUCCGGGGCAGGCCACGCAAUUGAGGAUGCUUAUAUCCUCGGUCUAACGGUCAAAUCAUUCCUCUCAAAUCCCUUUGCCAGACUCUCGACCUACAUGAAACUAUACGAGUCGGCGCGUUUGCCGCGUACACAAAAAGCGCAGAUCACUUCUCGACAAGCAGGUCACGUAUACGAGAUGCAGGGACCAGAAUUUGAAGGACUGAGCUAUGACCAAUGCCUACCUAUCGUUCAUGACAAGAUGGGAACCCGGAUGCGCUGGGUUUGGGGACAUGAUCUGGAUAAUGACUUUGAGAUCGUCAAGGCCAGGGCUGGUCUCAGUUCUCAAGAACUGCCAGCGGCCUCUGAUAACAAAGCUAAUGAAACGUCCCAUACUUCCAUGGUGAGUGCCUAG